GCAAGGCUGUCUGCUUUGUGCUCAUGCGACACAUCCUGAACAUGCAGACAUCGGGGCACGUCUUUUAUUCUGAUGGUGCACACCGCAGCAGGAACUUUGUCGAAUCGCUGCCUGCAUGGCGCGUUGCAAGCUGUGGCGUGGGUUGCAAGAUGGCAAGGAGGUUUUGGUUGGAGCCCUAGCUGCAAAGCAGUUGACUUUGUGGCCCGGUGUGUUUUGUGGCCACUGUAUGUCUGCGGGAAGGAAGCAGUGCAGCUGUGAUAAAUUCAAGCAGCUUGUUAGCCUUUGUCGGGAGAGUUUUCUUGGGUUUUUGUGUGGGAACCUCAUCAUUGUACAUCACGAGCAGAGCCCUUCCAAAACAGCAAACUGCGCAUUGAUCCUCUCGCUGUGUGCUGGGAGAGCUUGCUGGUAUUGAUGUCAGGGUAACCCCAUGGCAGUCACUGUCACAAUUGUGGUUUCUGGGCAUGCAAACGUGAGCAUUGAGGAAGCAUAGGCAUAUAUGAAGCAGCUUUCAAAGUUCAAAGUUUGCGCCGACAAAUGCCACAUUUUUGUGAGAUUAGACUAUCGCAAUGGUUGUCGGGGCUAUCCAAUGUCUGACCUGUGUUGAGAGGACUGCAUGUGUCUAGCACUGCUUUGAUCAUGCAACAAGCAUGCAUGCCUCUUGGAGAUGGGGAGUAGCGCUCUAUCCCUAGAGUAGGGUGAGUUCAAGCGUGAGUGUCUACAAGUCAUGCAACAAAGCUUGUCAAUGGCGACUGUACGGCCAAUGGAUCUCAUUUCUCCAAUUUUGAUUCUUUUGGCCGCCACCACAUCAAUUUCUAUCCGGGUGGUGCCUCGCAGUACUGGUUGCUGCGCUGCCAAGCUGGCAAUGUCAGUGAAUGUGAUUGUAAGGCAAUCUGCUAC